CUGCCCGGCGGUGUCGGGGGUAUUGAUAGCGGCCCGGGCGAUGCCGAGGGUAUUUAUAGCGGCCCGGGCGAUGCCGAGGGUAUUUAUAGCUGCCCGGCGGUGCCGAGGGUAUUGAUAGCGGCGCGGAGGCUGCGGCAGCGGCCAGGGCGCAGCGGGAGCGGCCCCCGCUCCUCUCCGGUGCCAGCGCGACGCCGAGAUGGAGGUUGGUGUUUGCAAGCAGGAGAUUCUCCAGAAGAAGAAUGCUGUUUUGGUGGAUGGGGUCAUUCUAAAUGGUCCAAUAAUGGACUCAAAAGCAGGAGAGAAGUUUGUGGAAGAGGCCUGUCAGAUUAUAAUGGAAGAAGUUGUCCAGAAAGCGGAUGAUGUAACAGAAAAGGUCUGUGAAUGGCAAGCCCCUGAAAAACUUAAGCAGAUUCUUGACCUGGAAAUGAGGGACACUGGAGAAUGUCAUCAGAAGAUCCUGCAGCUCUGCCGUGAUGUUAUAAAAUACAGCGUCAAAACCAAUCAUCCAAGAUUUUUCAAUCAGCUGUAUGCUGGAAUAGAUUAUUACUCGUUAGUGGCUCGUUUCAUUACAGAAGCACUCAACCCCAGUGUAUACACAUAUGAAGUAUCCCCUGUGUUUCUGUUGGUGGAAGAAGCAGUCAUCAAGAAAAUGAUUGAGUUCAUAGGCUGGGAAGAAGGGGAUGGUAUAUUUAAUCCAGGUGGCUCUGUUUCUAAUAUGUAUGCUAUGAACUUAGCAAGGUACAAAUUUUGCCCUGAAAUAAAGGAGAAAGGGCUUUCAGGUCUGCCAAGACUAGUUCUGUUUGCUUCGGAAGAGUGCCAUUACUCCAUGAAGAAGGCAGCCUCCUUCCUCGGUAUUGGCACAGAGAAUGUGUACUUUAUCAAAACAGAUGAAAGAGGUAAGAUGAUACCUGAGGAACUGGAGAAACAAGUCCAGCGGGCCAGGAAAGAGGGGUCAGCACCAUUUCUUGUCUGUGCUACAGCAGGCACAACUGUGCUGGGAGCAUUUGAUCCUCUGGAUAAAAUUGCUGAUGUCUGUGAAAAGCAUGGCCUCUGGCUUCAUGUUGAUGCUUCUUGGGGUGGCUCAGCUUUGAUAUCAAGGAAGCAUCGCAGACUUCUUCAUGGUAUCCACAGGGCUGAUUCUGUUGCCUGGAAUCCACAUAAAAUGUUGUUGGCAGGAAUCCAGUGCUGUGCUCUUCUGGUGAAAGACAACUCUGGCCUCCUGAAGAAGUGUUACUCUGCCGAGGCUGCGUACCUGUUCCAGCAGGACAAGUUCUACGAUGUCAGCUACGACACUGGUGACAAGUCCAUCCAGUGCAGCAGGCGUCCGGACGCGUUCAAAUUCUGGCUGAUGUGGAAAGCUUUGGGAACCACAGGCCUGGAGGAGAGAGUAAACAGGGCACUGGCUUUGGCAAGAUAUCUAGUGGAGGAAAUUAAAAAAAGAGAGGGAUUCCAGCUUAUUUUGGAGCCGGAGUAUGCAAACGUCUGCUUUUGGUACAUUCCACCGAGCUUAAGAAAAAUGGAGGAUGGACCUGAAUUUUGGCAAAAGCUGCACCAGGUUGCUCCUAUAAUUAAGGAGAGGAUGAUGAAGAAGGGCAGCAUGAUGCUUGGGUACCAGCCCCACUGGGGCAAAGUCAACUUCUUCCGCCAGGUGGUUAUCAGCCCGCAAGUUAGCCGAGAGGACAUGGACUUCCUGCUGGAUGAAAUCGAGCUUCUUGCUAAGGACUUGUAGCUGUAGCUCCACAGCAUCAGGUGCUGCUCAUGUGUGAUAUUUAUGGAGGGAGAGUGGCAGCAGCAUUCUGGUGCUGUUUUGUGAAAGGUAGUAAGAAGCUUGACAUAUAGUUUGGAAAGUGUCAUUUUACAGAUUGGUGUUGAGAGCUUUGCAGGUAGAACACCCCUUUACAGGAAAGUAUUUGCUGACAGGGGCUGGGGGGCAGGCUGGUGCUUCCAGCACCAUUGCUGCCAUUCUAGGAAGUGUUUCUUCAAGAAAGGAGUGCUUCUGAAAAUGGUGUCUAUGUCCCAGGAAAGGCAGCUAUUUACUGGGUGCCUGUGCACGGUGUAGCUCAAACUGGUCACUUAUGCAUGCAGGCAAAAUUCCUCUGAAGUUGCUGUUACAAGUGAAUUUGUCCGUGAGCCUUAAGAUGCUAGCUAAUUCUCUUACCUACUCUGUCAAUAUUUUAGUUUGGUAAUUAACAUGAUAAGACUGGAAACUGUGGACUUGUGUGAAAUGAGUUCCUCAAGGCCACCUAACUAGGUGGAUUGCCCAGGUUUUCUGCUGUGAGCAGAGGCAGACAGUACGAUGGGGCUCAGUGCAGUCAUCACACCAGGAGGUUUGCAGGAACCUCCUGCACAAAACCCUGAGUAACCAAUAUUGACCCUGCUGGGAGCAGGUUGAAGAGAUGACCUUUUAAGGUCCCUUCCAACCCACAGGAUUUUGUGAUUCUGACAAAACACAGUCGUUUGGUCCAGUCAGUGUUUGCCCACUCAAAAUAUCACCACUUUAGGAGAGCUGGAAAUACUCAAGUAGCAUUUAGAACUUCUAACUUCUUUCUUAACAGGAGUUACCUAUCAUUUCUGAAUAGCUGUUCACCUUCAUCUAUCUUUAAAGCAUAAAGAUUUAUUUAAAAGAUUUUAGAUGCACUUUAAAAUUUUAACAGAGAAAAAAAAGAUAUAUUUACCCAGAAGAUACGUAUUUUUUAUGCAUGGUGACUUUAUAUUAAUAAUAUAACAAAAUUGUUUAUUUGUCAUUGUUAGUAUUUUCCUACAGAAUUAAGACAAAUUUAUCUUAUGUUAUAAAUGUAUAAUAAUUUUCCUCUGAAAUUACAGUAGUGGUGAUAAGAGAAGGUCUUCCUGUGAUUUUAGGAUAUGAAAAGUUUGAACAUUUUUGGUCAAUCUUAAGUUUCAAAAUGAAGUUCUGUACUUUGUGUUAAGAAUUAAACUUUAUUUUUCAUCUGUUUUUUAUAAAGCUAGAAACGUAUUUCUUUUGACGAAGUUGUUGCAGCAAGCUAAUGGAAAUAGCCAUGUCUUUCACCUUGUAAUCAGCAUCUAUUUAAUGUUAAUGUUUUCUUGCUUGUUCCUAAUUCUGUAUUUGAGGUAGCACUAACCAGUAUGAACCUUUCUGCUGUAAUGUUUUCUGUCCUCCUGAAAGCUGUUUUCAAACACAAGGCUUCCCUGUUUCCAUUUCCUACAUUGUACUAGGAUCCAGUAUUGAAGGAAAUUCCUACUUCCAGUCUCCAGGAUGAUGGUGUGCAAGAAGGUCAUGAUAACCAAGGAGGUCACACUGUCAGAGCAGUAGUUAAGGGUCACCUGCAGCCCUUGACAGGUGCCUUUAAUCUUUUUCCUGGAAGUGGAUAUAUAUACAUGUGCUAUCAUAGUGAUCCAUGAUCCACUGGACUUUAAGCAAAACCCAUGUUGAUAAUAAAAUGAAUAUUACAAUGUGGCCCCUGGGCUUUGCACUUCAGUACCCACAAAUCAGUCAAUCAUUUAUUGAUGGUAUGUGCUUCUGGCUAUACCAGUUAUCCUGAUCUUGGAAAGCCUAAAUUCAGAGCCCAUAAGGCUUUUUUUGCCUCCCUGUCACUUGGGAUGGAGCUCAGAAUGCACAAGGAAUGCUGCAUGAGGGGGAUGACUUUGCUCUCUUAUCUUGAGUUAGACAGGACCAUUACCCCUUCUCUUUAUUCGUUUUACCCUGAAGGGAAAGACAGAAUACCAUGUCAGGAUGUUCUGUUUAUGGUCCAGAUUGCUGGUGAGUACGUGAUUUUUUGAUUCAUGAAGAAAGUUAUGACACCUUUAAUCAGCUAAGAAUUUGGUCCGUGGUGUUUUGUGACACCAGCACUGUCAAAAAAGUGUUACUGUCUUGUUUCUCUUCAGGUUCUUAGUGUGUUUCUCUGUUUCCAGACACUGCAACACUUAUGGCACAUGUCAGGAGGAAGUAACACAGUUCCUUUCUGUAGCAGUAGUAGCUAUAGUAUUUUUAAAUGAGAGAACACUGGAACUCUUUUCAUAGUUGCAGAAAAUAAGUCUCUGAUCAACAUGUGCACUGAUUUCCUUGAAGCUAUAGGCUAACCUACCAGUGUGAUGUGAGCACCUUAUCCAGUCUCCAUAUAUUUUCCAUCGUUUCUGACCCUGGGUGCACAAUAUGAUGGUUUCAUUUCAGGACUAAUGCAAUUUUCUCACAGUUGCUUAUGUAGGAAUAGUAUGUACAAAAUGUCUAUUUUGUAGCUGGUGAUUUUAAUAAAAAGUGAAGUAAAUGACACCCUUAUAA